UCAGUGCUAUAAAGGAAUAUCCUAAAUUCUUAGAGAUAUACUGUCUAUGCCAUUAUUAUGCAGAAAAAAUUAUACUUGUAAUAAGUUUUUCUUAAUAAUUUGUCGUGUUUGUUAGAUUCGGUCUACAAUAUUUCUACUUGUCAUUCUCUCUUUUUUUUUUUUUUUGAGAGAGAGAUUCGUUUGAUAUGUUCAAAAAGUGACAGACUAUAUAACGUUUUCGUUAAGUUAAAUUUUCACAAGGCGAAAAUAAAGUCAAGCAACUUUACCAUUGCGUGCGUUAGGCGCUAAAUAGCGUUAAUUGACUCAAGUUUUAGAAACAGUGUGAUUGUUGAAAAUUUUAAGCCGCCUUGUUGUUAUUUCUUAAAAGGUUCCAACCAUAGUUGUGAAUUUUUCUAAAAACAAUUUACUUUUUGAUUUUAUUAAUGUCUCUAAUGGAAAUACUUAAAUGGUAUCGAACCAAAGUAUCAAUGUUUUUUAAUUAUUUAUACAUUGUUCUAAUAUGAACUUUGCUUUCAGGUUUACGAUUUUAAAGUGGGUAUCAAAGCAACGUACAUAGAAUUAAUUUAAGUUGAAUAACUAAAUGCUGAAUCGGAUGAAAGGACAAAUUCAUUUUUCAAUAGAUAUGCAAAAACAAAUUUUUUCACUAUCACUUCCUUCGGGACAUUGGGAAGGUAAACAUGGUGUUGUUUCAAAGGUGUUUUAGUGUUGUUAUUUUGAUGCUACAUCUGGCUAGGAAAGUGAAAGCAUACCCACAAUGUGUGGAGGAAGAUGGACUUCCCAUUGCAGAAGCAUUUUCCUCGACAGGUCGAUAUAGUAUGGUUGACUGCGUUAAAACUUGCUACCGUUACCAAAUGGAAAACAAGAGAAACUUUUACAAUGGAGUUUCUUUUUAUCCAAACAAGUGUAGAUGCUUGGUAAACAUGACAGAUAUCAUACCCAUAAGUCCAAAUGGAACAAAAACAUGCUUUUUUGGACCCCAUGUUGAAGAAUUAUCACUAACUCUUCUUGAAAUGCCUGAAGAGCACCGUAUUGAAGCAAGGGAAUCAUUCGAACACUUAUUCAGCAUGUCAUACACCAAUCUCUUUGGCACGGCAUAUACGUGGUUAUACGCUGGAUCCCUGUCUGUUAGAGAAAAGCACCCGAUGAAUAUAGAUACAUUAAGCCAUUCAGUGAAAAAGGCAAAUCUUCCUCAUCAAUCUGGCCGUCUUGGUACACAUUUGGAUGACUUUGGCAUAAAAUACCGGUUACAUGGAUCAAAAGGAUACGUAUAUUUAUUAGACAAAGGAAAUCUUACUGAAAAUCAGCAUUACUACAGAACGACUUUUAAGAUGGGAGACUCUUCGGGAAGCACUGACAUACUGUUUAUAGCGUUUGUUGUAAACCACAACCAAGAAUAUGGAAUAUACAUUCGACAUACCUUUAUACAUCAAAUGGAGCGAAAUGACCAGUCCCGUGCUUCACUGAAAAAACUUCCUUCGUAUUAUUUUAGUGAUGAUAAAGCAUUAUCUGGACAUAUAAAAAGAAUUGGACCAUUCGCUAUCAUUAACUAUGGAAAUUCAACAGCAACAAAUUACACACUUGAUUUUUUUUUACCACCCCUUGCGAAUUUGGAGAAUUUGCCCGAACCAUCAUAUGCUCAAAAUUGUGGAAAAGUGAAUGCUCUGGCCGAAGAUAUAAAGGAAAAUAAUGUAAUACGAUUUAAGCUUCAGUUUGUUGAUCCUGCUAUGGUUUAUUGUCAAUUCUAUUUACGAUGGUAUGUUGGUGCGGAAGAACUCAGAACCACUCGCAAAGAUAUGGAUUACUACGUUCAUGGUCUUCUCACAUACUGCCCGUAUCGAGAAUGCAAUUCCGUCAAUAAACCUUACCAAAUGGAAGAAUUCAAAUGGGGAUUUACUUUAUUGGGAAGAAACAAGUUAGAUGAAUACAAACAGUUUCGCAUCAAGAAUGUGAACAGUGGAAGAUGCUGGAAUGUACGUGACGACAAUGACCAUGUGAGAACUAAUACCAAGUGCCAAACUGAAUUCGAAUAUACGAAUAAUAAAUAUGUAAUGGAUACAAACAGUGGUAAAAGCCUGUAUCACUACACUGCUAUUUGGAAUGCAAGAUAUAAUUUCCAAGCACAUGUGUAUCGUGGCAUGCGAUUAUACUAUAACAGAGACAAUCACAUCAGUCAGUUCUCAUCCAUCCGUUAUCUCUAUUGCGCAAUGGAAAAUGAAACUAUAAUUUUCCGAACCAACAUACGCAUACGCAUAACAGCGAAGUGUCCACCAUGGCGCGGAGUUAAGCCAACUGCUGUAAAAAUUUUGGAAGUUUGGGAUGAUUAUAACCUUGACAUGAGAUCCGUACUCAAAACAACAACUCCACUUGGUGAAACUAUUUUUGUUUGCAACCCAGGAGGCGACAAAGGAAAUACAUUCAACUGCUUCUAUUCAAACAAUAAGGGAAUAUCUUGGACAGCGCUGGAUGCCUUAAUCACUAACAUUCGCGGUUACUCCACAAGUUCUGAAUCUAUUUAUGGCACGAUGAAUCGUGGCAAACAAUAUUUCCUGUUGAAUCUAACAGGUGGUUUGCUUGGACAUGUCAAACCUCUCAAUAAUGUUGAUUACAAUGGUAUGUCUACACAGGAAACCAAUAUUCACACGCAGUCUUUCAACAAUGUUGAUCUGCCAACCGUUCCAAUGGAAACUUUGUUUGGGUCAGACGUUCAAGUAUCAUCACAUGGAAUUUACUUUAUGGUAAAUGGUAUUCUGAAGAAAAUAUUCGUGUGGGGAUAUUAAAAAUAAAGCAUAUUGGGAGAGCUUGAACAGUGUGACAAUCAUAUUUGUGUGUGUAUGAGAAACCAAAAGGUACAAUUGCAAAAAAAACUUCGCUCGUACUGCGAUGCUUCAAGCACUUUUGAGUCAUACUAAUUUAUUAUGUUAAUAUGUAAAAAAUUAUUGCAAAGUUGAGAUUACAAUAUGGCAAAUAUAUUUCCAGUUCUGAUACAUUUGUCUGGGUAUUUUCUUAGCCUAAGACUCCACGUGCCCAGGAA